AUGGCAGCAGACCUCCCUGCAGAAGUCUGGCUCCAGAUAUUCCACUAUGCCUCCGACGACGAUGAACUCUUCGACCACGCUCUGCCCACCUCCGUGGCAGAGUCGUCCUGGUACAAGAUGAUCUUUGGCGACUGGACGCUGCGGUCGCCGAACGAGGGUCUGAAUGCGAUGCAGAGACGGAGCUAUGCUACCAAGAAGGCUAUCAUGGCUACGUGUAGAACCUGGCGGCAACUGGGCCAGGAGUUCAUGUACAGGUUCCUCUUCAUCAACGACCCAACCAAUCUCGUGCGAUUACGUCCGCUACUAGAUCGGUACCGCCCACUCGGAUGGUGGACUAGACGUCUUCACAUCGCACGCUUCUACAGCGGUUUGGGUGUCUCCAUCGACGAGCUGGAACGAUCACUCGUGUCGAUCAUCCGACGCUGCCCCAAUCUCGAGAUAUUCAUCAUGGACUGGCCCAUCAGAGAUUCGUUGCUCUCGGUCGCCAAUGCUCUAUGCAAAUACUGUCCUACCAGUCUACGCACACUCCACCUCAAUGUACCGAACUCCUCGCUUGCUAAAGUCAUUCUCAUACUAGAUGGCUUACCGGCCUUGACCUGUCUGCAUCUCACAUUCGAUGCCCCAACGCCCGACAACUUCCACCUCGGUGCUGCCGCAGACCUCGCUCUCACUCUCGGUUCGCUGGAACAGCUCGCUCUUUGCGGACCCUUCCAAGACUUCUUCGAGCAGCUGAUGGGUUGGGAACUCCCCGCGCUCCGCUCUCUCUCCCUUGACUUCCUCAGCUAUCGCGAAGACCUCCCGGAUAUCAUCGAGUUCCUCACCCAGCACGGUUCCGCCCUCACCUUCCUCGACAUCAACUGUAUCCCCGUGCUCGACAUCCCUACGAUCCUCGACCUCUGCCCGCAGCUGCAGACGAUCGCGUUUAACUUCGACUGGCGCCUCGACAGCGCGGAGGGCGAGGCGUGGGGCGUCGGCUCGCUCGUCAACCGGCCGCACGCGCACAUCACCACGAUCGGCUGCCACUGGCUGCACCACGCGUUCGGCGUCGGCGACGCCGCGAAGUACGCCGCGGUCGACCCACUCGUCACGCACAUCAUCCGCCGCCGGAACGACAUGAACUUCUCCGCGAUCAACAAGGAGAGCUUCCCGAAGCUCCAGCGCGUGCGCGUGCUUGACCGGAUGCUGCUGAGGGAUCUCGAGGCGGCGGACGGUCCGAGUCCGGAUUGCUUCGAGCGGUGGGAGCGGUGGUGGAAUCAGUGCGCGUCGCAGGGCGUUAGGCUCGAAGACUGCACGGGUGCGCUACUGGGCACCUUGCCUGAUGACGAACCGGAGGUGGAUGAGAGCGAAGAGGAAGAGGAGGGCAGGGAGGAUUUGCGGGACUUGAUCCGUCAAUGCAGGGAGAUGACUGCAACUAGAGACUCGCCAUACUACGGGUACCCCCCUGGGUAUCGCCGACGAAGCGGGGCGUUUGGACAGCAACAUACCUGA